CGAAAAUAAAAUAAGCAACAGUUAGAUGGUCGUAGGUAUUGCCACGCCCUUGGCUUAAGUGAACCAAGAGAGAAUACGUGCACAAUUAUACAUUGCUUGCGAAUGGAUCCUCAGGUGUGGCACAAAGUUGCAGCGAUUUCAGGCGUUGCAGCACUUGGAUUGGGAACCUAUGGUGCUCACGUUUUCAAACCCCAAAACCCUGCUUACAAAGAAGUUUGGCACACAGCAUCGCUUUACCAUUUGGUUCACACUGCUGCGUUAGUUGCCGCCCCAAUUACAAAACACCCCACUGUUUUUGGAGGCCUUCUAACAACUGGGAUCUUGGCCUUCUCUGGGACGUAA